AUGCCUCGUUUCCAUUCCGCGACUGAAGGGGAUGCUCUGAAAUGGAUUCGCGAGCAUCUCCGUCUUCCAACCGAUGAUGCACCUCGCUUCGAAGAGGGUCAAGUUCAUGCGGUGCUUAAUGUUAUAGAUGGAUAUCUUCCGCUCUUCAAAGGUACACGCAAUAGCAUAACGCCAGAUCCGCCGCUGUUCAUUCGACCUUCGCCACUGUCGUCUACGCCACCUGUUGUCCGGCCGUUGCCACAGCCUGAGUUCCGCAUCUCAUACUACGAACAAUAUGAGCAUCAGAAAGAGAUCCAGAAGCAGCGCCAGCUCGAGGAGUUGGUUGCGACAUCUAGCGUGCUUUCCCCAGGCGUAGCUCAAGAGCAGACGUGUAAUACACGUCCAAGCUCCGACUUCUCUUCAUCAACCAACACUUUGCGUGAGGGGUCUCCCAAAGCUUCCAGUGUUGUCACUCCAACCUUUCUUGGGGAUGGCGAUAUUGACAAGGAUGUAUCGAUGCCAUCGCCCAUCAACAAUGUCCAUAGCUCUGGCUUACACGAUCACAACUCCGAAGACGACGACUUUGAUGUCGACCCGGAUCUUGCUUUACGUUUGAUGCAUACCGAGUUCAGCAGGUGGUCACAUAACAAACGCGAGGGCGUCGACGCCGUGACCGGAGUUGUUAUGCGCGCCCCUACUGACACGCAUGUCGCUAUGUUAUAUAACGAUAGAGAGACAUGGUCGGAAUCCUCUAGAGUUUCGCGCCAGAAUAUCAAAGUCGAUGAGCACGAGCUUCAGGAUGCCGGUGAUCCCACGGGAGCGAUGUGCGCGCAAGAUUCAACGCAUGAAACUCUAUCAUUCGAUAGCCUUCACCGUAGCAGCAGCAGCCGUGUAUCUACAGACACGGUUGCACACCGCGACACCGCCUCAGUCAAGGACGAUAGUGCUGAUAAAGACGACAUGCCACAGGAGCAGUCCUAUCCGUCCUUGCGAGCCGCCAUCAUCGCGAAAGGCAAGGCGAAUAGCAAUAGCUCCAUCCUUACCGCGCAGCCCGGAAGCCAGAAGCGCUCCGCCCAUCUCAAGAAGAAGAAUCGCAAACCGACCAUGCCGCCACUGCCUGAGACGAGGCCAGAGACUGCACAGCAGUUGGAGCAGCAACAACAAGAGGCAGAGAGAAAGCCCAAGUUUCUCAUCUUUGAUAAUACUGACGCUGGACGUAGGAUUGCGAUCACCCAUGCUCUGAAGGCGGGUUUGAUCAAUCCCGACAACCCAAGCGACGUAGCAGGGUUGUUGAAGAAGAUGAAAGAGUUCAAACCCGCCAAACGGGCGAAGACAGAAGAUGACCAGGACGCCGAAGAGCCUGCGGAUAAGCUUGAUGCGGUGCUUACGGAUAUCAAGGAAGCUACUAUGCGCCAGGGUGCCGCGGAGACCGAAGCAGACGCCGAAAAGAUUGAGGGGGAGGAAGUGGUCAAGUCCCAACGGGCGAAGGGCAAAGCAAGGAAGAACGCGAAGAAGAACGCGACGACGUAG